CGCGGGGGUUAAGGCAACAAAAAGGGCGGGGCAGGGGCGAGCUCUAAGUUUUGUGUGCGCGCCCCAAGGCGGCGGGAGGAGCGGGGCACGGCGCUCGCCCCCGCCCCAGCGGCCGCCGGGCCCCGCCCUGCGGGGGCUCCGCUCGCCCCCGGCCAUGGAGAGCGGCGGCGACGACAGCGGCGGGAGGGGCCCGGCGGGGCAGGAGGAGCCGCCGCCGCUGCAGCAGCCGCUGCCGGCCGGGGAAGCGGAGGAAGAGGAGGAGGCGCUGCCGCCCGAGGCCGAGACGGACUGGAGCUUCGUUGACGGCGAGAUGGAGGCGGUGGCGCUGCGGGACCUGCCCACCGCCACCAUCGCCUGCAACCUGGACCCGCGCGUCUUCCAGGACGGCCCGUGCCGGGCUAAAUUUGAAUCGCUGUUUAGAACAUACGAUAAAGAUAUCACCUUUCAGUAUUUUAAGAGCUUCAAAAGAGUACGAAUAAAUUUCAGUAACCCUUUAUCUGCAGCAGAUGCUAGAAUCCAGUUGCACAAGACAGAGUUCCUUGGAAAGGAAAUAAAACUCUAUUUUGCUCAGACUUUGCACAUUGGAAGCUCACAUUUGGCGCCACCAAAUCCAGACAAACAGUUUUUGAUUUCACCUCCUGCCUCACCACCUGUUGAUUGGAAGCAAGUAGAAGAUGCUACUCCAGUCAUUAACUAUGACCUUUUAUAUGCUAUCUCCAAGUUAGGACCAGGAGAAAAGUAUGAGCUACAUGCUGCAACUGACACUACUCCAAGUGUUGUCGUUCACGUAUGUGAGAGUGACCAGGAAAACGAUGUCGAAGAAGAAACGAAGAAACCCAAACCAAAAAUUAUUCAGACAAGAAGGCCAGAUUAUACUCCUACCCAUUUAAGCUGAACUGCUGUUGGUUUUCAAGGGUUACAAGUAGAUGUAUGCAAGGGAAACAUUUACUAUGGAAACAACAGGUCACAGGUUUGGUAGCAGCAGUUACAGCAGGAGAAAUUCCAAUAUAAGUUUGCUCAGAAAAAAAAUAUAGGAAGUUUCAUCCUUAUUUGUGAUGCUGCGAGUUGAUGGAUGUCCUGAGUGUAUUCCCAGAUCAGUGGGAAUGAAAGACAGGCAAAAGAUGACAUUUUGAGACAUAACAGGACAAACUAGGUUUAUUUUUUGCGGGGUUGCUGUAAGCUGUUCCAUUAUAAAGCAACUGGGGGAAGCUUUCUUCUGUCUCACAUAAAUCCUCAAACUAGUAGGAUAGUCAUUGUGUGGAGUACAUAUCAAAAACAAGAGGUGGUUUUAAAGAUUAAGGUAUGGGAAUCGUAAACCUUUUUCUUAUAGACUUUGUGCAUGUGUAUUCUUGGUCUUCUGAAGUAACUUUGCAUUAUUUUCUAUAGUUUCUCACAUGUUUCUGGAAAUCUGGGAAAUUGUUUAAAGUAUUUAUUAUCUCAGCAUCCCGACUUACUACUAGAUGUGUAUAUAAAUAUAUAUUUAUAUUUGUUUUUAUUGGCACUCAUUUUCCAGAAGGCAUACAAUUUCUUCAGCACCUUAUUUUGGUGCUAUGUAAAUUUGUGCUUUUAAAAUUUUAACCUUUUAAAUGCCUACAUAGGGUUUUAUCUGGCAAAGUAAUGGAAAAAAUGUGCAAUAGGAAAGUUGUUUAAAUAAGUUGAUUUUAAAUUAUUUAAGCUUAAAUAAUUUAUAUCUUCAAUAACAUUUGUUCAGUAGCUUUGACUUUCUCAUUUCGAAAAAAAAAGUACUCUUAAAUGUAUAAAUAAAGCUAAUGUUGCAUAAUCACAGCAAUGUAAUUUUUCAGUGAAAAGCAAAUGGUAAUAGAGAGAUGUGAACUCUACUCAGUGUGUGAAUCUGCAUUAUUGUGAGCAAAGGUUUAACAGUGAUUGAAACAUUGCACACAGUGUGUAGAACAGUGAAGAGAGCUGGAGUGCCUUUUCCUCCUUCAUUCCUGAUGUGAACUGUUCUACAAGCUGCACACUUGUAUCUUUUUCUACUGGCUUUGUAUGUCCAUAAAUAUAAACUUUCUUAGCUUUGCUUCCAAAAUAAGCUGGUAUUUAGACAUGCUUAAUGCCAAGUAACGAUGCAUACUUAAGUAAUGGAUGUAUGUGGGAGACGCUUUAAGGUUUUUUUAUAUGUCCAUGUUUAGGAACAGUAGCUCAUGACAAAAGUUCAGAGGAAGAUUGCAGAAGUGUAUUUUAUUGCUUGUCUUUUUAAAAUGGAGAUCCUCACUUUGAAAUAGGUUCCAGUAUUUUUUGUAACGAAUAUCUGUGGGAAAAUAUCAGAGUUUUAGAAAGGAGUUGUUUGAAGCUUCUCAACAUGUUUUUGGAAGUCAAAGCAUGGUUCACUGGUUUGCUUUCACCACAGUUGGUCUGAGAAUGAGUUUUGUAGCUGGAGAUAAUAUAAAGAAAUUAAUUCUGUGCCAUUUGAAGCAAACAUUGAAGCAAACAUGCCCAGGUUCACACCUUGUUUUUUAAAUAAAUAGUAUAUAUUUUAAAAAAAAAAAUGUACAAUGAAGCCAUUCCAAGCUGUGUUGCAGUGUUAACGUGGUAUUAUUGGAGGCCUCUCAUUAUAGUUAGCAAAACAGAAGUUGAUAUCCCGUGACCACAGAGAACAGGGUCAUAUUGAACUUCAGUAAUACUUGCAGUUAUCAUCCUGUUUUGAUUGGUAUGUCCUGUAAACUGAAACAAACCCUGACACUUGGUGUCUGUCUUGGACCCAACUCAAGUGGUACUUUCUGCGUGUUAACAGUGUUCAGAAGACCUAAAGCCACUUAGUGCUGGAGCCGUGUUUUAUGGACAGGGGGUGCAUAAGGCUAUUUUGUGUUACCAAGGUGUAACAGUCAGCUGGAUACAUAUACUGCUUAUUAACACAAAAUAAAUACAUAAACAUAGAAACUUUGUAGGUUUGCCACAACUGCCUUUAAACCUUUCCAAGAUUUUUUUUUCCCAUGUUUCUCAAAUUACUGCUGGAGUUAAUGUUUCAUUUCAUUUGAUUUAAAAUCAUUUGUAUAGUUGCUGUUCUGUCCUUUUUCCAUCUUUCCAUGAGUACCAAUCAAAGCAUUAGUUUUGCGUUAGAAACCCAGGUGGUUACUGUUCUGUUUCCUAGCAAUCUGAAGAAAGCAGUGCUACCUUUCAGUUGAACAGAACAGAAUGUGAAAUACCAGUAUGGUUUUCAUUAUUUUAGUACACGGUCUGCCUAAUAAGGUGGGCACUAGAAACGAUGCAAGUCUUGGGAUGGCUACAGUGUGUUUCCUCUUUUGAUGGUAGCUGUAAACAAAGGCUGUGAGACAGUAACUUGACUGUCUUUCUGGUUGUGUAUCCUGGCUUGUGCCACCCUCUGUUGUCAUUACUAUGGUGUGCUGCUUGCUUUUUCUGUUUGUUUUUGGUUUUAUUUUUUAUUAAAUGUUCAAAUGAAUGCUUAGCUGGUAUUUUAUACAAUUGUAUAGUAUGGGGUAUAUUUAAAUUAAAAUAUUUUGUUGUCUUCUUGUAAA